AUGAGUCGACCUGAAAUUCGACGCCGAAGUUCCUCCGGCGGCAUGGCGUGGGGUAAUUUUGCCAAGAACGCACAAGACCAGAACGUAUUAUACUCGAGUUCAAAGAUCGAACCCCUCAAAUCGCCAGUGAAGUACCACCAACCCCAUGACAACCACGGGGUGAUUGGUGAGGAUCACGACAUUGAGGAGGAUCACUUGGAACCGCUGCGGAGCGAAAUCAAGCAUCAUCAUAUCCAACUGCCGCACGCUGAGACGCACGGUGUAAUAGGGUACGACGACGUGAUCCAGAGCUCGAAGAUAGCCCCUUUCAAUGGCAAGUUGAAUCAAAGAACGGAGCACGAGGAGGGUAUUGAUGACGAGGACAUUGACGCUUCCCGUAUCCGCCCCAUGGGGGAGGUACGGGAGGAAUGA